AAGAUACAAAGGCAACAACAUAGAAAAGAAAAUUUUAAGUAAACCUAUAUUUUUAUGGGGACGGUGGCACCAAGAGUUGAAAGCUUGGCAAGUAGUGGGAUUCGAUCCAUCCCUCGAGAAUAUGUGAGGCCGAAAGAAGAGUUGACGAGCAUAGGGAACGUGUUCGAAGAAGAGAAGAAGGAAGGGCCUCAAGUUCCUACAAUUGACUUGAGAGAAAUAGACAGUGAAGAUGAGUGUGUUAGAGCGAAAUGCCGAGAGAAGCUGAAGAAAGCAGCACAAGAGUGGGGUGUGAUGCAUUUGGUAAACCAUGGGAUCCCUGAUGAACUCAUAAACCGUUUGAAGAAAGCUGGAGAAGGCUUCUUCUCUCUCCCAGUUGAGGAAAAGGAGAAGUACGCGAAUGAUCAAGCUUCUGGGAAGAUUCAAGGGUAUGGAAGCAAACUAGCCAAUUCUGCUAGUGGCCAAUUGGAGUGGGAAGAUUAUUACUUCCAUCUUGUUUUCCCUGAGGACAAGCGUGACUUGUCCAUAUGGCCAAAGAAACCUGCUGAUUAUACUGAGGUCACAAGCGAGUAUGCUAAAAAACUAAGAGGGCUUGCAAGCAAGAUACUGGAAGUGCUAUCUCUUGGAUUGGGGUUGGAAGGAGGGAGAUUGGAGAAGGAAGUUGGUGGAAUGGAAGAACUUUUACUGCAGUUGAAGAUCAACUAUUACCCGAUUUGUCCCCAGCCAGAAUUGGCUCUUGGAGUUGAAGCCCACACCGAUGUAAGUUCACUCACUUUCCUUCUUCAUAAUAUGGUGCCAGGUUUGCAGCUUUUCUACGAUGGCAAAUGGGUCACAGCAAAAUGUGUCCCCGAUUCCAUUCUCAUGCACAUUGGUGACACCAUUGAGAUCCUUAGCAAUGGCGAGUACAAGAGUAUUCUGCAUAGGGGUCUGGUGAACAAGGAAAAGGUUAGAAUAUCAUGGGCAGUGUUCUGUGAACCCCCCAAGGAAAAGAUCAUCCUGAAGCCACUUCCUGAGCUUGUUACUGAAACAGAACCAGCACGCUUUCCCCCUCGCACUUUUGCUCAGCAUAUUCAGCACAAACUAUUCAGGAUGACUCAGGAAGGUCUUCCAGAGUGA